CACUUAGUAUCACCUGUUUCAAAAGUAUUAGAAUAUGAAGAAGCAACCACCAGUAACUCGGAUCCAAAACAGGAUUUACUUAAUUUUAAAGAUCCGGCACUUUGGCAAGAUUCCCAUAAUUAUGCAGAAAUAAUUCUAGAAAAAUGGGUCGAACAGAAUCUUACAGAUAUGGACUUUUCAAUGUCAAAAAGAAAUUUCGGGGAACAACACAGGUAUGCCGGUAAGCAAAUAUUUUAUAAAAGACUUGUUAAUGGAGAAGUGGUUCGCCGCGAUUGGGCAAUUUACUCCGAGAGCACUGGCAAUAUAUUUUGUCUUUAUUGUGUAUUAUUUGGAAAUAAAAAGAACCAAUUUAAAACAGGAUUUUCAUUAUGGAAUAAAAGUAAGGAAAGAUUAGACGAACAUGAAAGAUCCAAUGAUCAUAUAGAUAAUCUGAAAAUGUAUAUGACUCGCUUAUUAAAGCAAGGAAGAGUUGAUGUAGAACUCGAAAAGGAAAUUAGCACUGCGAAAGAAUAUUGGAUGAAAGUACUAGAAAGAAUCAUAAGUGUAAUAAAGUUUCUGGCUACCAGGGAAUUGGCAUUUAGAGGUACUCAUGAAAGAAUUAGCGAAAAACGGAAUGGAGACUACUUAGGUUUACUGGAACUAUUGUCAGAAUAUGAUCCAUUUUUGAAAGAUCAUAUUAAUAAACGAGCAAAUUUAGGUAAGGGCAAAACGUCAUAUCUAUCAAAAGAUAUAUGUAACGAAUUACUGAAUAUUUUAUCCAAUCGAGUCAUUGAUGAAAUUGUGAGACAAAUUAAGGCAAACAAAUACUGUUCUAUAAGUGUAGAUUCAACACCUGACAUAACACACCAUGACCAACUUACAGUGAUUUUGAAAUAUUGUGACAAUAAAGGGAAUCCCGUGGAAAGAUUGGUGGGAUUUUAUAAAAACACUGGGCAUAGCUCACAACAAUUUGAGGAAACAGUUAUUGGGAUGUUAGAGUCUUUGAAAUUAGAUAUUAAGAACUGUAGAGGCCAGUCUUACGACAAUGCCAGUAAUAUGAGUGGAAAGUAUUCUGGUUUGCAAGAACGUAUUAAAGCUUACAAUGAUUUAGCUAUCUUUGUGCCGUGUGCUGCUCACUCUUUAAAUUUGGUUGUCCAAAAUGCAGCAGAUUGUUGUUUGGAAGCAACAUUUUUUUUUAUGUUGGUACAAGCUAUCUACAAUUUUUUUUCCGUGUCUACACAUAGGUGGGAGUUAUUGUCUCGUGCAAUAAAGGAUUCGGCUGAGUCGGGGCAGACACUGUUACCUAAGAGAGUGAAUACAACCCGUUGGUCUUCUCGUUUUGAUGCCGUAAAAGCGUUAAAAAGUAAUUACGGUUUGAUUAAAACAUGUUUGAUUGGAAUAUCAACGGAUAUAAAUGAGAAAAACAUAGUAAGAGUUGAAGCAGCUUCUCUAUCGGAAAAACUUGAUUUGUUGGAAAACGGAAUAAUUUUAUCAUUUUGGCUUGACGUUUUACAAAGGGUUAAUGAAGUGAAUAAAUCAGUACAAAAGGAAAAUAUGGAUUUAAGCACAACCGCUCAUCUGUUAUCAUCUUUAGCAGAUUACUUUGAUUUCUUACGUGAUCGUUUUGAUCACUACGAGGUCUUAGGAAUGUUGUUAACAGGGAACGAAAAUUAUGCUGAGAAGAGGAUUAUCAAAAAAAUUGCAAUUAGGAGAAAUGAAUUCGGAGGCAAGCUUAAGCCAAAAAGAAAAAAUGCGAACACAAUGUUAUGUUUGUAUAAUAGACAAUCUUAA